UUAAUGGUCACGGGAUAUUUGCAUCAGCCGACACCAACCAGAUCGCAAGAAAAGGAGUUUGGAAGAAUCGAAACUGUAGUUUGAAGUUAGAACUGCCAUUUUUUGUGUUUUAGGAUCGAAUUAUAACUCUGGAGAUCGAAGAAGAAGCACCAGUUUCAGGAAGGAAGUCUUUAAUGGAGGAAAAAAUGCAGUCGCCAAGAAAGAAAGAAUUAGAACCGGAGCCAGUAUCAAAACCAGAACCUGAACCAGAACCAGCAAAAGGAGGUUGGGGAGGUUGGGGAAUUUCUCCAUUCUCUGUUUUGUCAGAUCUUCAGAAAGCUGCUACAGCUGCGGCCGAGGAGAUUUCUCGAAAUGCUGCUGAAGUUGCUAAGAAUGCUGCAAAGGGAAUUUCUGAUAUUCAGAAUAUAAAACCCGUCUUGGAACCUUCAAAGGUGGGGGAGUCGGAGGAAUCAGAAAGUGAAGGCAACCAUGAAGAUGACAGUGAGAUACUGCGGAAGUCGGCCCUGGACAAAUUGGAGAAAGCUAGUGAGGAUACUUUUCUGAGUCAGGGUCUUAAGGUUUUUGACAGAUCUGUGGAAAAUAUUGCUUCUGGAGCAUGGCAAGCAUUAGGCAGUGCUUGGAAAGGGGGUUCUGACUUGGUCCACAAGCUUGAGCAUUCUGCUACAUCAGCUCCAUCUCUAAUAGAGACUGGAAAAGCUUUUACAUCAAGGGGAGUAGAAGUGCUUGAACGUGUGGGUAAGGAAACUAUGGACCUACUCAUUACAGAGACUGGUAUUGAAGUUGAAAAGAAUCCCAAAGAAGCUGAGCAAUCGGCUGAAGAUGAACAACUUUUUGAGGAAGUGACAUUUGACAGAUGCUUCUAUAUAUAUGGAGGUCCAGAACAGCUGGAGGAACUGGAGGCGUUGUCCAACCAUUCUGCAUUAUUGUUUAACCGGAGAAAAGCAAAAUUAUCAUCGGAACAAAAAUCUGUCUAUGAUGGAAAGCUUAGAGAAGUUCAGCAAAUUUUAAGCUUGAGUACUGAAAUUGAUGGAAGUGGUUUGGACUCGGACAAAGGAAAAAAAAUUGAGACAAUUGAAGAGGGAACUGCUGAUGAGAUGAGAAGUUUACGUGAUUCAUGUGUCAGCAAGGCUGCUGACAUGGCUGCAGGGUUUGCAAGUUCCCUUUCGGGCCUUGCUGGAAAUGAGAUUAUUCAACGGACUACUGGCAGACUUGAAACCAUUCAUUCAGAGGGGAUCCAUAGACUCUCAGAGUUAUGCUGCUUUGCUGUGUCUCAACUUCUAAUGCUUGGAAAAUCUGUCAUCUCCAAUUCAAGCAAAGUGCAGAGUGAAGAGGAUCCAGAAACUGUGAAAAUUGACUGGCCUGAUGAUUCCCUUGCAAAGGCAAAGAUAAUCAGACUCCGUGCACAGUCAAUGAUUGCAGAUGUAGAAGCAGUUUCUGACAGUUUUAUUACAGGUGUUUCUGAUGUUAUUGGAGCCUAUCUGGUAGCCAUAAAGGGGGCCAGUGGAGAUGCUCACGAAGGUACUCAACAGACUACUAUCCAGGAGAAAGCCAAUGCCAUCUCCAAUCAUCUGCAUGCUGACCAGACCAUGGCCUUCGGCAAAAUCCAGGAUGGGCUCCACUACUUGGCAUUUGUAAUUCUCUCAAUCUCGGUGCCUACUGCAUGAAACUUACUGAUCUUCCUCCAUGGUUUGAUCUGUAGAGGUUUGGUCAGUAUCUUUGUAAAUAGUGUCCCUUUCUCCAUUGGUGUUGAACCUUGGGCUCCAAGUGGAUUGUCCUCUGGGUUGCUGCCUAGGAUGAAGCAGGUAAAGUCCAGGAUGUACCCACCAAAAGUCUCGACUGUGGACAUUUGUGCAAUUCGUGUACCUACUGCUAUUGUUUUCCCUUUGAAAUGGUGAAGAUAAGGAGUGACUGAAGGGAGACGCCGACAGCAGAGGAUUUUGGGGCGUGGGUAACCUUCACUUCGGUUUGGAGGGUUGGGGUGCCAUAUCCUUUCGUGAUGCCAUGCUGGGUUUGGAUAGGAGGAACUGUCCCUAUGUUUUGUGCAUCUGCACACAGCCAAGAACGCAAUUUAUUGAAAAUGUGAUCAAUUAACAUGUUCCCCCUCCUUAAUGGGAAAAAGAUCCUCUAUGAGAUUGGGUUCAUUACAACAUCAUCCAAAAUGUCAUCUCAAUUUAAUGGGGUCAGCUAUAUAUAAAGAUUGCACUCAAGGAGCAUGAGGAUAUAUGUAAAAUGAUUGACAGAUUAUGAUUAAUUAUAAUAAAUGUUAAUUGUUAA